AUGUCGAUGUCGUUGCCGUCGAGUAUGAUCAGCCAACACGGUAAGGAACUUAAAAUUAUUGAUGGAUAUAAAAUGAGAUUGCAUAAAAUGUUGAAUGGCGAUGUAAAACGAUGGUGCUGUGUAAACAAAACUUGUACAGCUUACAUGAAAACAGAUAAGAGUGAGAAGACAAUUAUUGAUAGUAAUUUAAAUCAUAAACAUAAUUUAGAAUCUGAAGGAAAAACGAUGAGACAAGUAAUAAGGAACUCUGUAAAACGAAAAGCUCAAGUAGAACUUUGUGAACGUCCACUCAAAUUAAUUCAUUUGGAACUAAAAAAUAAAAACACGGACUUUUAA